AUGUCGCUGGUGAAACCAUCGUUUAACCACACUGUUUCUGGUAGUGACUGUGAGGAGGAAGAUUAUUUGGUCAAUGCGGACGAUCACAAGCCCCGCAGUCCUCUCUCAGUGCAACACGAUGGCGGAUUGGUACCGGUUCAGAGUCCCCCGUUUGAGAACGAAUCGGCCGAGAAACCGUCUUCCACAUUGUCUGAUUAUUCCAAUCAAGUGGAACUGGACGCAGACAAUGGUUCCGUAGCAAGCAGUGAUAUUGACCAUGUGCAGCAUUGUGCAACUGCUACUGGGGAAUCUGACAGACAUCAGGGAUCAGAGGACACCUCGGAACUUCAUCAGGUUUCCGAAUCUGGCCCCGGAGAUCAACCGAGCACGAAACGCCAAGUGUCUGUAAACUUAAGUGAACUGCAAUCCACUGAGGAAAAAGAAAGCAAUAACUCUGUCAAAAUAAGCUCACCCAUUCGUACUUUGCCAGUGAAGAAAAGUGUUCAACGUGAGUUGUUGCAGUUCGCACAAUAUUGCAAUGCUACUCGUUGGUGA